AUGGGAUUUAUUCCUGAUAUUCAACUACUACAAUCAAAUAAACCUUAUUCAGAAUCAAUUGAAGCUGUAGCUAAAGGUCAUUAUGAUAUUAUUAUUGGUGACGUAACAAUUACUGCUGCACGAAAAGAAUUAGUCGAUUUUUCUCCUAUAAUAAUUGAUACUUCUAUAGGAAUUAUAGCUCGAAGAACAUCUAAUGUUAAUAUUGAUCUUUUAUCAUUUUAA